AAAAUGGCUUCUGAAAGUCAACAGCAUGUGGAGACCAGGAAAGCAUAUCCAAACACGGCAGAAGCUUAUCAACUCAUUGAGCCUAUAGGUCAAGGGGAAUCUGCAGUAGUUUAUCGUGGUUGGUGUGAAAGCUUACAAGAAGAAGUAGCUAUCAAAAUAGUGGACUUGGAACUAUUUCAAACCUCAUUGGAAGAGAUAUCUAAAGAAAUUCAGGUUAUGUCCUUGUCUUUACACCCCAACGUCGUUCCCUAUUGCACUUCUUUCGUAUGUGGGCACGAUUUGUGGGUAGUCAUGCCGUUGUUGGCUGGUGGAGACGUCAAGUCACUAAUGGAUUGCUCUUUUCCAGAAGGUAUGGAUGAGCCUCUGGUUCAAUAUAUCUUGUAUGGGGUUCUUCGAGCUGUUUCGUACUUCCACAAACAUGGUCAAAUACAUCGCAACAUCAAGGCUGCCAAUAUAUUACUAACUGUGGAUGGACGGGUCAUGCUAAGUGAUUAUGGUUUAGUUGGUUGGAUGGUGGAAGGGGGCCUUAAGCGUAGUAUCAGACAGACUUUUGUAGGGACCCCCUGUUGGAUGGCUCCGGAAGUAUUGGAACAGACUCAUGGUUAUGACUAUAAAGCAGAUAUUUGGAGUUAUGGAAUAACGGCACUGGAAUUGGCUCAAGGAAGAGCUCCUUUCUCAGAAUAUCCACCAAUGAAGGUUUUGUUAUUAACUUUGCAAGGUCCGGCACCUUCCUUAAAGGGACCAGCUAGACAACGUUUCUCCAAAGCUUUUCAUGAUUUGGUCAGCCAAUGUCUACAGAAAGAACCAUCUCAACGACCAACGGCAUCGCAAUUAUUAGAACACAAGUUUUUUAAGAAUGUUAAAAAGCCCAGUAACCUUGCUGAUAUUAUUGCAAAGUCACCACCGUUAGGUAGGCGUUCAGGCAAUCAGAGAAUUCUGGUCCAGCAAGUAUUGAACAACAAACAAACCGCUGGUAGUGGAAAUAAUGAUGAAAUUGCUGGAGGAUGGAACUUCGACUCGAGUGAAAGCGAGGUCAAGUCAGAAAAGUACGAAAGUUUACACAACGAAUCGUUCGAUUGGAAUGAAGACACUCAGGAGGAUAAGCAGACAGUAUGGAAUAGGAAAAAAGAGGGAACGGACCAUAUCCAAGGUAGUCAGAAGAAUGAAUUGGUGGAGAAACAUGAUAGCAAAUCAUUUUCUACACAAGAUAAUGCUAGUCACUCUGAUGAAGAAAGGAAGCAAAAUGACAGCUCGAUCGUUGCAAGUAGUGAAGAGAAGAAUGCCAAAACGAUGACCAAAAAGGGGCGCUUUGUGGUAAUUGAAGUAGAUGAUCGUACAACUGUUGGAGAUAGCCGUUCAACGGGGAAUUCAUUGAACGUAGUCGAUACGAGUGGUGGUGGUCGAACGACUCCCAAUCCAUGGAUAGAAGAACAUAGUCCUCCAUUGCCUUUGGUUUCCAAAGAAUCUCAUGCACAACCCCAUGCAACGAUGGAAGCUCCUCCUGUGCUCGUCCGAGAGCUUUCUUCACAUCGACUAGCCAAUGUUUCUAGUAUUUCUCACUCUACCGAAAACAACAGAUCUUCAACCUCCUUUCGUAGAGGACGUUUUGAGGUAAAAGAAGUGGAAGAUCAUGCAAGUAACCCUUCUUUGCCUUCUCGUUCAAGACCUCAGUCACCUUCUCCACGUAUUGGUUUGGGUGGUGGUCCUGUUGGUGAGACUCGAGGUCCUUUCAUGUUAUUGGCCGAGUUACAAAAUCAAUUGAUAGCCUUAUUGAACGAAAAUGAAAACCUUCGAAAAGAAAACACAGCCUUAAAGUCGGAAUUGGAACAAAAAAAAUAGUCAAUUAUAUUUAUUCUGAAACGGAUGGAAUGGUUGUUUUCGUAACAAAACUAGUGCCACCUGACAUGAGUUGAUCCAAUUUGUCCAAUAUUCGUUCAUAUAUCAACAAAGGUAUGGCACCCGUAUCCCCUAAACCUAACCAAGAAAGUAACAUAUCAAGACUCGGUGUCAAUUCCCCCAGCGCAUUGAGUUUGGGUUGAAACAACAGUCGUUUUCGAUGAACGUGAUAACGACUUUCCAUCGUCGUUACCAAUUGAGGACCAAGGGAAUCUUGAUGGGUUUGUGUUUUGGAAAAAUAGAGUCGCAAAAUAUGACGCAUGUAACGAUAUUGACUAACGCGACUGGUAAUUUGAACGGGGCCAUCAAAGUCGGUGACAAAAUCAUAAUAAAAGUCGGUUGCAUAGACGAUUGUCUGUAAUCUUAAAUUGG